AUGGUGGUUAUUUCAGUUAUUGAGAAAUGUGCAAAUCAGCUUGACUAUGAUCUCGUAGAUACUCCUGAAGCUUUUGCCUCGACUUUUCUGUCUGUAAGUAAAUAUGUUGUUGAUACACCUCGUUCUUCCAAUCCACAAACCUUCAUGAGCAAUAUGCUAUAUGCUUGUAGCAUUCUCUACAAGACACGGUUACCUUUGGUGUUGACCUUCAACAAGACUGAUGUGGCUCAAGACCAAUUUGUUUGCGAGAUUAUUGCUCCUCUUCAUUUGGCGAUAUUAAAGCAACAUUUUUGUCAAAGGCUUUACUCUGCCCUCUUUUGGCCGCAGGGUCAGGACUACUAA